AUGAUGUGCGACGUGAUGCCCACUAUAUCGGAGGACAGUAUCAGUCAAAGGAGUUCGCAGUUAUCCGGUGAGGAUGCGAAUUUUGAGCAGUUGAUGGUGUCUAUGCUCGAUGAGCGAGAUAAGCUGGUGGAAAGCCUGCGGGAGACGCAGGAGCGACUGGGAGACUCGGAGCUGCGGCUCAAGGAGGUGGAGAAGGAACGAGACUCGCUGCACAGACAGAUCGCCGCCAAUUUGCCUCAGGAAUUCGCGACUCUUACAAAAGAGCUCAACCAAGCACGAGAACAGCUCCUCGAGAGGGAAGAGGAGAUAUCAGAGCUCAAAGCGGAGAGAAACAAUACCAGGUUAUUACUAGAGCACCUAGAAUGCCUGGUCUCGAGACACGAGCGCUCGCUACGCAUGACAGUAGUGAAGCGACAAGCAGCCGCGCAGUCCGGAGUCUCCUCCGAAGUAGAAGUACUGAAGGCACUCAAAAGCCUCUUCGAACAUCACAAGGCGUUAGACGAAAAGGUUCGGGAACGGUUGCGUGUUGCGUUAGAACGAAACACGGCGCUAGAAGAAGAACUAGCGCUCACUAAGGAAGAAUUGCAGCAAUACAAGUCGUCACAGGACGAUAAGCCGAAGGAGAACGGCACCGUCCCCACCGGCUCGCCCGAACAGAACGGGGAACAACAGACCACUAAGGAUCCAAAUAAUGUAAACGGCGAAUCGGAGACAACAAGGAAAAUCAGUGAACUCCAAAAUACGAUCGCCAAGCAGUCAGCAGAGCUUAGCUCGUGGCAGCGACGGGUGGCGGAGCUCAACAACAAGGUGUCGGAGCUGGAGGACCGGCUCUCCAAGGGAGAGAAGGAGCUUGCCAAGAAGCAGGAGGAGUGCGUCAAGCUGCAGAGGGACCUCAGAGAAAACGUCGCGCAGAAGGAAGAUCAGGAGGAACGCAUCACGACGUUGGAGAAGCGGUACCUGAAUGCGCAGCGUGAGUCCACGUCACUACACGACCUCAACGAGAAGCUGGAGCAGGAACUCAAUCACAAGCAGGCGCAACUCAAGCUGCAAGAGGAGAAGAUUGCAGCCAUUGAGGAGAAGCUGGAGUUGUCCACGCAGAAGCUUGCUCAGAUGUCGUCCUUGCCUGAGAUGGAGGAACAGCUCAAGGCCAGAAUGGAAGCCCUCAGUCAGGCGCAGGAGCGGCACGGGUCGGCCGAGGACCGCAUCCAGCGCCUCGAGGCCAGCGUCGAGGAGAAGAACGCCGAGCUCAUGCGACUCAACCAGCGCCUGCGCAUGAACGAGGAACAUAACACCAGGCUCUCUGCUACCGUCGAUAAACUGCUGUCCGAGUCUAAUGAUAGGCUACAAGUUCACCUAAAAGAGCGCAUGCACGCGUUAGACGAGAAGAACGCGCUGACGCAGGAACUGGAGAAGACGCGCAAAUACGCGGACGAACUGCUCGCAGAGAAACAGGAGAUACUCAAGGAGCUCGCCAAGUGGCGCAUGGAGACUGAACAGCUGAAGCGUCAGAUGCUGGAGCAGGAGAUAGCGUUCAACAUCCAGCAGACGGACGCGCUCACUCGCUCCCUGUCCCCGGCCGCCCAGCCGCAGCCCCCGCCCGGACUGUUCCAACCCAAGCUGGACGGGUCGUGGGAGAAGCUGCAGCAGGCGCACGUGCUGGCCACGGUGCAGCAACCCUUCGACGUCUCCAGCGACGCAGAGAACGACGAAUCAGACGGUGGAGUGGAAGGUGGUCACACAGACGCGGCAGCUCUAGCUCUCAUGCUGCAGGAACAGCUGGACGCCAUCAACACGGAGAUACGGCUCAUUCAGGAAGAGAAGCAGACCACUGAGGCACGCGCAGAGGAACUUGAGUCCAGGGAUGUAUAUAAGCGGGUGUGGUGUGGGCAGGUGGGCAGCUACGAGCACAUGAACGUGCUCGCCCGCCGCGGCGAGUCCCCGCCGCGCGCGCCCUCGCCCUCGCGACACCACCACAAGUACCACACCUUGCAGCUAUGUGAGGAAGGUGCGGGUGGCGUAGGCCCCGUGGGUCCAGUAGGGCCGCCACACGGCGAGGGGGCGGAGUCCCCGCUGACGGCGCGCUCGCUUCGUCUCGAGCGAGCUGCCAGAGCUAUACAUGCUGAGCGAGACCGACUGCGCACGCACUACCAACCACCUUAUGAUGCGACAUCGAUAAUGUCGGGCAGCCUCGCACGGAUCCCAAUGCACAGCAACAUUUCAUCGAGCUCUAGUCAAGAGUCUCUGGGUGGCAUGGCAUCGUCUCUGGGCGGUGGUAUGGCCAGUACUUGGGGCGGGCCGGCCGGCAGCUCCAGGGCCGGGGCAGCCUCCGCCGCCUCCAUCGCGUCCAUGCACCAGCAGAAGAAGCGAGGCAUCAAGAGCUCACUCGGCAGGUUCUUCAGCAAAAAGGAAAAGGCUGGGAUGCCGCUGCAACAAGGGCAGAGUCCCCGGUCGCUAUCCUCGGUGUCGUCCCUGGGUCUGUCGUCCCUGGCGGACGACCCGUCCAGCAGCGACGCGAUGACUCCGCACGCUCCCAUGCCACACGCGCCCAUGUCACACCAGGACUACGCCAGGACUAAGAGCAAAGACCGCGACUACCGGCACGAGUUGCUGGGCGAGGCGAUGCGCGCGGGCACGCCGUUCGCGCUGUGGAACGGGCCCACCGUCGUGGCCUGGCUCGAGCUCUGGGUGGGCAUGCCGGCCUGGUACGUGGCCGCCUGCAGGGCCAACGUCAAGUCCGGGGCCAUCAUGUCCGCGCUGUCCGACCAGGAGAUACAGAGGGAGAUCGGUAUCAGCAACCCACUCCACCGACUGAAGCUCCGCCUGGCGAUCCAAGAGAUGGUGUCCCUGACGUCACCGUCCGCGCCGCGCGGCACUGCCUGCGCCGCGCUCGCCUUCGGGGACAUGAACCACGAGUGGAUCGGAAACGUAUGGCUACCCUCUUUAGGUUUACCUCAAUACAGAACUACGUUUAUGGAGUGUUUGGUUGACGCGAGGAUGUUGGAACACCUCACCAAGAGAGACCUUAGGACGCAACUUAAAAUGGUUGACAGUUUUCAUAGAACAUCUCUCCACUUCGGCGUGGCGUGUCUGAAGCGAGUUGGGUACAGCGUGCGAGCGCUGGAGGAGAGGCGGCGCGCCGCAGAGAUGGGCACCAGGGACGUACUCGUCUGGACCAACGAGAGGCUGCAGCGCUGGCUCGUCUCCAUCAACCUCAAGGAGUACGCCAACAACCUGUCGGAGAGCGGCGUGCACGGCGCGCUCAUAGCGCUCGACGACAACUUCGACGCCAACUCCAUGGCGCUCGCGCUGCAGAUACCCACGCAGAACACGCAGGCGCGGCAGGUGCUGGAGCUGGAGUUCGGCAGCCUGCUGGCGGCCGGCACGGAGCGCGCCGCGCGACACGACGCCGCGCCCUCCUGA